CUUUGAGAAUCAGCUUUACUUUGCUCACAAUCUCUCUAUGUCUCUCCCUUCACAUUGUCAAUGCGAUCUAGCUGUGUGGGUGAAAAGCAAGAGAGAGAGAGAGAGAGAGAGAGAGAGAGAGAGAGAGAGGCAGCUUGUAUAAGGCAGUAGUCAAUCACUCAACACAGGCAGCCAGGGAGAGAGAAAGCGGGAGAGCGAGAGAGAGAGAGAGAGAGAGAGAGAGUGCGAGAGAUUGGAGAAACAGCCAGUCGUUCGUCCUUCACUCCAGGCUCUAAAUUUAUAGGCAGCCAGGCAGAUUUUCUUGGCUUAGACGCAGCGCUCAUGACAGGAUUAGGAGCCGGGGACGUGGGACCAACCGGAGAUCCGCAGGUAGUGGACGAGUCCGAGCCAGAUUCUCUCCCUGCACAGCUGUGACCGGCCUCCUGUGUCCUGUCACGCUAAUCUUCCCACAACAGUCUUCCAAGGUUGAUCUGAAUACCAAGAGGCCUCCCUUCCUCUCCUCUCCUCUCCUAUCAUGCGUCUCCUCACCACCCUCCUCCUCUUGCUGUUGCUCCGGUCAGCCGAGCCCCGGAGAGGCCCUCGGUCAGGGGCUAUGCAGAGGGGCGCUGGGGGCCGUGUACGAGGCAGAGGAAGGGCCGGAGUAAUGAGACGUCAAACUCAGGAGUGUAAGGAAUACAUGGAGGCGGGAGAGAAGUACCUGGACUGCCAGGACAGGAAGCUGACCACCGUGAUGCAGGACUGGCCCAAAGAUAUUCAGCACCUGCUGUUGGCAAGAAAUAAGAUUCAGGUUUUGAGGGACAACAUGUUCUCCCAGUUCACCGAGCUGAAGAGCCUUGACCUCCAGCAGAACGACAUCUCCAUGAUGGAGGACGGAGCGUUCAGCGGCCUCUCCCAGCUCACCACCCUGCUCCUCCAGCACAAUGGACUGAAAACAGCCUCCGAGGAGGUCCUGCUCCCUCUGCCCCGCCUUACCUACCUCCGUCUCUAUGACAACCCCUGGAGCUGCCACUGCCCAUUGGACAGCCUGGUGAGGACCCUGCAGGUGCCUAGCAACCGCAACCUGGGCAACUACGGCAAGUGUGCGGAGCCCCUGUCACUGAGGGGCCAGAAGCUGAAGAAGCUGAGUGUGGAGUUGUUGUGUGCGAAUGACAACCAGGUGGACAGGAGGCCGGGGGGCGGAGAGAGGGUGCGUCCGGGGACUCCACCAAUCAAAGUGAAGCCAGAGGCCACGUCCAUGUGCCACACCUACAUGUUCCCCAAACCUCUGCUGGACUGCAGCGGUAAAGAUUUGAAUAACAUACCAUCUGACCUGCCAUCUGACAUUGUGAAGAUGGAUCUGUCCAGUAACAGCAUUAAACAUCUCAGGCCCAAACAGUUCCAGCUGUCCAAAGACCUCAAGCUGCUCAACCUUAGCAGCAACAGCCUGCGCCAUAUAGACAUAGCUGCAUUUGCAGGCCUGCUGUACCUCCGUGAGCUCGACCUGUCCAACAACAGCCUCCAUUACUUCCAGUAUGGUGUACUGGAGGACCUCUACUUCCUACGGAAGCUCAUGCUGGAGAACAACCCCUGGAUCUGCGACUACAACAUCCACUACCUGAUCUACUGGCUCAAGCUCCACCCAGGCGUCGUCUACACUGGCCUAAUCUGCUCUGAGCCACAGGAGUUCAGGGGCUGGCGCGUUGAGGAUUACGUCAAGACCUACAAUGGGGAAUGUCCCAAGGAUAAACAAACUGGAGGGAUGGAUACGGGACAGGGAGGACAAGGUGGGACGGACAAUGAAGCGCAGGAGGUGGUGGGGGAGAUCGGUGAGUGGCAGGGUGAGCGUCUGCCUCUGCCCCUGAAAGAGAAGAAGCCCAAUAGGUUUGAGAUCAUCAGGCUGAGUUAGAAUGGAGUUGGAACAGCGAACUGGUGGGGUUUAGUAUGGAGUGAGCAGUGUUGGAUUAAAAUGGAGGUCUGUGGACAGGCUGAAGAAUGGAUUAAUAAAGGUAGACUCAGUGGUUUGAUGUUUAAAUAAAAAUAUGAAUAAAAGUACAAUUUUGGGAUAAAAUGCAUUAGGAUUAGGAUUGCUUAGGAUGUCUUUUUAUUAAUCAACAUUCACCAUCUUGUGUGGAGAACAGAAAAACUCAAUUUGGAACAUUAACAUUUUCUUAAAAGAUUAUUGGUUGCAAUGUGAUAUUGCUAAGUUUACCUUUAAACUUUAAACAAAGGUUUAGGAGAUGCCAUUUGAGCUUUUGUUUUAUCUUUUUGCAGAAUGUUCCCAAUCCAGUCUGUAUCAGAUCUAAUAAUGACAAAAACAUCUCUUUGAAUUUUUCUCACACAAUAAACUGCAGGUGGUCUAUUUUUUUCUGUUACAGUAAUUUUGAUAUUGUUCAGGAUACAUUUAUUUUUAUUCCAAAAAGUAUUUUUUGGUCUUUUUUGUAUUAAGUAAUGUAUGACUUUGUCUACCUGUUGUCUGGAAAUAAAAUUGGGUUUAUUUUUUCUGAAAA